UCUCCUUAUUACCCACUAUAAAAACCUCAACACUACUAAUCUUUAAAUUCAUAACUCUGAUUUCUCACAUCUCUUGCAAACCACUCCUUAGAAAAUAACCUUAAGUAAUGCAAAUGGCUAGAAUAUUCUCCUUAAUCAUGCUUAUCUUUUGCGUCAUAGUAUGUUGCCUUAGUGUAACUUCUAGAGCAUUCACCUCUCGAGAUUACUACGAUGCCCUCGAAAAAUCGAUACUCUUUUUCGAGGGACAACGUUCAGGGAGACUGCCUAGAGACCAGAGGCUAACUUGGAGAAGUGACUCCGGGUUGUCCGAUGGUGCUUCCUACCAUGUGGACUUAGUAGGUGGUUACUAUGAUGCAGGAGACAAUGUCAAGUUUGGCUUGCCGAUGGCCUUCACUACGACAAUGUUGGCAUGGAGUGUCAUUGAGUUUGGCAGUUCAAUGCAUGACCAGGUUUCUAACGCUAAGGCUGCCGUCCGCUGGGGCGCUGAUUAUCUUCUCAAGGCAGCAGCCACCCCUGGCACCUUAUAUGUUCAAGUGGGAGAUCCUAACCAGGACCAUAAGUGCUGGGAAAGGCCAGAGGAUAUGGAUACGCCACGCAACGUAUACAAGGUGUCCACACAGAAUCCAGGAUCAGAUGUUGCAGCAGAAACAGCAGCCGCCCUGGCAGCAGCUUCAAUAGUUUUCAAGAGUUCAGAUCCUUCUUACUCCAGUAAACUACUCCACACAGCUAUUCAGGUAUUUGAGUUGGCAGACAAGUACAGAGGUUCUUACAGCGAUUCUCUGAAUUCUGUCGUCUGCCCAUUUUACUGCUCCUACUCUGGAUAUCAUGAUGAGCUACUGUGGGGAGCAGCAUGGAUUCACAAAGCUUCUGGCGACUCCUCAUACUUGUCAUACAUUCAUUCCAACGGUCACAUUUUGGGUGCCGAUGAAGAUGAUUUCUCCUUCAGUUGGGAUGAUAAGAAGGCUGGCACUAAAGUCCUUCUUGCCAAGGCUUUUCUGGAGGAAAGAGUGGAGGAAUUUCAAGUGUACAAGGCACAUGCAGAUAGCUUUAUAUGCUCAUUCAUUCCAGGAGCUAAUGAUUAUCAAGCCCAGUAUACCCCAGGUGGGCUCUUGUUCAAACAAAGUGACAGCAAUCUUCAAUAUGUCACUACAACAUCUUUUCUCUUAUUAACAUAUGCCAAGUACCUUGGUUCAAAUGGAGACAUAACCUCAUGUGGUUCCUCAAUAAUCACAGCUAAUAAGCUCAUCUCCCUCGCCAAGCAACAAGUUGACUACAUUUUGGGUGACAAUCCAGAAAAAAUGUCUUACAUGGUAGGAUUCGGGAACAAAUACCCGAUGCAUGUUCAUCAUAGAGGUUCAUCACUCCCAUCCGUACACGCACACCCUAGUCGUAUUGGUUGCAAUGACGGGUUCCAAUACCUCAACUCCGGAUCACCCAAUCCAAAUGUCCUUGUCGGAGCUAUAUUGGGUGGCCCGGAUUUUAGUGACAGUUUUACAGACGACAGAAACAACUAUAGGCAGUCUGAGCCGGCUACCUAUAUUAAUGCACCUUUUGUUGGUGCUGCUGCUUUUUUCUCAGCACAGAAUGGAAGAUACUAAUAUUAGCAUAGCCAAUAUAAGAUUGAAACUAGCUCAGGAGUCAUUAUGUAUUGAUGAACAAGGACGACCAUCCGAAUCAAAACCAAGAAAAUUGGUCAUUCUUCCGGUUAACACUAAAUAGUUUAUAUAGAAUCAAUGUUUACAGAUACUUUGUGUUCUUUCUAGUUGUUUUCCACAGUUUCCGAUCCAAAAUUCAACCAUAUUUAACUACA